AGCAGCCUGGAGCACUGUACCCGGAGACUCCCGCUCAGGCGUCCCCGCUGCUCCUUCGGGCCCCGCACUAGGUCCCAGAGGAGGCAAGAGCUGCCGGAGAAGCCUUCGCAGCGUGAGAACCACCUGCAGCCGGGCUCUCCGGGGCCUCUUCCAGCCCCCGUGGCCUUAACCCCAACUUUACUCGUUGGUAACUUUUUUUUUUUCCUCCUGCGAACAAUUUCUGAAACUCCAUUCAACAAAGAAAAGCAAAAGGAGGACGCGCACGUGCUGCGCCCCUUCCCCCCUCCCCUCGGGAGCCCCGAGCUGCUGUUAUGGCCACUCAAGUGCUGGGUCAGACUGGAGGCAACGGGCUUUUCACUGGGAAUGCCAACAUCGUCAUGGCAUUGCCUAACGACAUGUACGACUUACACGACCUCUCCAAAGCUGAGCUGGCAGCACCUCAGCUGAUUAUGUUGGCAAAUGUGGCCUUGACUGGGGAAGUGAAUGGUGGUUGCUGUGACUACAUGGUUGGAGAAGAAAGACAAAUGGCAGAGUUGACCACAGUGGGAGACAACAACUUCUCAGACAGUGAUGGGGAGGGACUUGAAGGGGCUUCUGGAAUAGAAAGUGAGUCAAAUAGACCUGAAAACAUGGAAUUGGGGUCUUUGGAAAUCAUCGUUGUUGACCCUCAGACUGUGUAUGGAUCAUCUGUUCCAGAGACUUUUAAUUCAGAAAAAGACCCUCCCUCAGAGACACCCUAUCAGCCAGAGACUCCUGAGGACAAAUGCAAGAGCUUGAAGAGCAAGCCCUUUCGCUGCAAACCUUGUCAGUAUGAAGCAGAGUCUGAGGAAGAGUUUGUCCAUCACAUCAGAGUCCACAGCGCCAAUAAGUUUUUUGCAGAGGAAAAUGCAGAGAAACAAGCACAACAAGCGCAGACCAAGGAGUCCGAGUCGUCUGUUGCUGAAGAAGCGGAUUUCUCCAAGGGGCCUAUCCGAUGCGACCGAUGUGGCUAUAAUACUAACAGAUAUGAUCACUAUUUGGCUCACUUGAAGCACCACAACAAAGCAGGAGAGAAUGAGCGAGUCUAUAAGUGCAUGUUAUGCACAUACACCACUGUAAGCGAAUAUCAUUGGAAGAAACACUUGCGAAACCAUUUUCCUAAGAAAGUGUAUACCUGCUCCCAAUGCUCCUACUUUUCAGACAGGAAAAACAAUUACAUUCAACAUAUUCGAACACAUACUGGUGAACGCCCAUAUCAGUGUGCUAUGUGUCCCUAUUCCAGCUCACAGAAGACACAUUUAACUAGACAUAUGCGUACUCAUUCAGGUGAGAAACCAUUUAAAUGUGAUCAGUGCAGUUAUGUGGCCUCUAAUCAGCAUGAAGUAACCCGACACGCUAGGCAGGUUCACAAUGGGCCGAAGCCGCUGACCUGCCCACACUGUGACUACAAAACAGCUGAUCGUAGUAACUUCAAAAAGCACGUAGAGCUCCAUGUGAACCCACGACAGUUCCUUUGUCCUGUAUGUGAUUAUGCUGCUUCCAAGAAGUGUAAUCUGCAGUAUCAUAUCAAGUCCAGGCAUUCCGACUGUUGUGAUAUUGCAAUGGAUGUUUCCAAAGUGAAACUAAAAAAAUCCAAAAAGAGUGAGGCAGACAGUUGUGGUUCUGAUAGUGUGGCCAGUGAAAAAACUGAAAAAGAACAAACAAAAACAAAGGGAGAUGUGGUGGAAAAGAUGAAUGAAAAGAAUGUAAAAGUGGAGAAAAAAGAAAAAGAAAAUGCCUCAAAAGAGAAAAAGCCAUGCACUGUAGUUUCUUUAGGCCAAGUGACCACCCGAAAUCGUAAGUUGGCAACAGAGUCAAAGGUGGUAGAUGUCAAAGCAGGGAAAGGUUCAGAAAAAUCGUGUAAAAACAAGAAAGUUAAAAGAAAGAUGGAAAGUGAAGCAGCUUCUUUAAAUAGUAACCCAGUGAAUGAUACAGAACCUGUGGUGAAAAAGAAAAAGAAAGUCGAAAGCAGAUCUAGAAAGAGCCAGGAAGCUGGAAAAGAUGAAGUCAGAGUGGAAGAGCAUAAAAGACAAAAAGCUUGCCUGAAGAAAAACAAAAAAAAGAAAACUUUGAAAGGUAAACAUGGUAAAAAGCCCAAGUCCAUUCAGGUAAAGCCAAUUCAGAAUGAGCUGAUCCCUGAAAAGCCUCCUUCUCCUUCUCCUCCUGUUUCUCUUCCUCCUCCUCCUGUUUCUCUUCCUCCUCCUCCUUCUCAAGAGGAUCCAAAGGAAAAGUCUGACAGCCCUAGGGAAGAACCGCAGAAAGAGAAAGUCCUUGUGGAAGAUGCCUUAGUAGCUGUUCAUAGCCCAAUAACUGAAGAGAGGUCAGACACUCAGGACUGCCAUUCAACACCAGGGCCUGCGCCAGAGCCAUCACCAGCACCAGCACCAGCGCCUGUGCCUGUGCCUGUGCCUGCACCUACAUCACCAGUUGAAAAUGUAGAGAAUGCAGAAAUGGAAGACCAAGAAAUGCUCCUUGAACAGAAGGAAGAAGACAAAGAAGCUGCUCUUCAGAAAGCUGUGGAUGAAGAGCCAGAGUCUGGUGGUGCCCAGGAGUCACUUAGUCCAUCAUCUUGUGAGCCAGAGGAAGAUCUUCCUGAUAAAGAGCAUCAGACUGACAUAGUGUGUGAAAUGGAAACUGAACCAAGUCCAAGCCCAGCGGAGCAUCUGGCUGAUAAAGACUUGAGAGCUGAAGAGCCCCCUUCGCUGCCAGAGCUGCCCCUGCCAGAAUCCCCACUGUUACCAGAACCUGAGUUGCCUGCUCCUUCACCACCAGCAGAGCAGUGUGAGCCAGCUUCCCAGACGGUGCCAGUGCCCUCAUCAGCUCCUACUGCUGCCAGUGAGUCUCAGGAAAUUGAUGAGGAUGAGGGCAUCCACAGCCACGAUGGAAGCGACCUAAGUGACAACAUGUCAGAGGGCAGUGAUGACUCUGGGUUGAAUGGUGCUCGAUCUGUACAGGAAGAAACGAGUGGAAAAGCUUCCCAGGAAGAAGUGGCGGCAGCAGGUGAAGCGGCAAACUUUGUUUGCAUUUUCUGUGAUAGAUCUUUCAGAAAGGAAGGAGAGUAUAGCAAACACCUUAAUCGACAUUUAGUGAAUGUCUACUACCUUGAGGAAGCAACUAAGGAGUUAGAAUAACUCAACUAUAUGAACAAGCCUACAAUUCUUUUAUGAGAUCUGUUACAUUUUAUGAAUAAUUAUUACAGUAGACAAUUCCCUUUUGUUUAAGUUUGGAGUAGGAUCUGAUGAUUUCAGGUAGAUACCUUUUCUUCACCACCCUUGUAUAAUAGUUUGUUAAUCUCUUGCAUACACUAGUGAAUCCAAGGAAUUGGAUUUCUCUUUUCUACUAAACUAGCACUAGUGAAAACUAUUAGCCUUUGCAUAAAUUAUUUUUAAAAUGAGAUUUUCAAAGCCAAGAUGUUCUGUUGAUCAUACAGUUAGUGGUAGUCGGUGUUUUUCCCAUUUCUAGUCUCUAGUUUUGUCUAAAAUACGUUUAAGGUUCCUUGUUUAGUUAGGUAUAAAUCAGCAUUUGGUAGCAAAUUACUCAGUGGUUUUCUUUAAGGAAUCUGAUGUCUCUUUCAGAAAAUUAGCACUUUUAACAAAAAAAAACAAAACCACAGUGUGGUUAAAGAAAUGAACAGUCAUACUUUUUAAAAUGUUUUUUGUUUCUCCCUAUAAUGGACAGUGAAUUUCGUCCACCUUUUAUUAGUCUUUUCUGAUUUUUGAUUAAAAUUUCUGAUUUGUAUAUGUCAAUCUUCAUAAGUAUUAUAACAAUGGUUUUUAAUUGUGGGAAGUAAAGGGGAGUGUUAUUUUUUAUUUUUGGUGGUGCUUUAAUGGCUUAAAAUGUUGCACAUUGUGUUUUUGAUUUUUUUUUCCCUUUUUUUACCUAUGCAGUGUAAUCGUUUAGAAAUAGCAUUUUUUUUGCUGUACAGGAACACUUUAUAUA